AUGUCCCUGAUGAAUUUUUUGCCGACAUUGCAUAGCACCCUUCUAGUCCUCGCUCUUAUCAUCACGCUCCAUCCGGAAUUGCUUUUUGUUAGUGCCCAAGCAACAACUCAAACAUGCGAUAGAUUUUUCAACCCCAGGAUUAAUACGGAUCCUCGGGCUAGUGCUGCUGACUCAACUAGUUGCGCCGACAAGGCAAACAAGAAAUACGCGUGCAGCCUCUCUACUUGCACAAUCAAAAACAUUCCCUGGGACAAAUUUACAUUCAAGAAAUGCUCACCUUACAAGAGCAGCCCUCCGAACUCACCGGACCUAGACCCUACUAAACCUGUCCGCGAAACUCUCACAGCAUUAUUCUAUCGCGCUAAUAAUGUAAAGGGAUAUGUUGAUGUUCAAAGUAGAGAGGAUAAGCUCACCUACAGAUGCCCUUUCAGCACUCCAAGUGAUGAUAAUGCUCAAAGAGCAACCUGCAGCGGGUGCAGUUAG